UGGAGUUUAUCCUCGUGAUGCGAGGUAGUACAUAACAGACCAGCGACGUUUCUUUCACGCUCUAACAUCUGUUAAAACUGGCUGGCUCGUAGUUCUUGCACUCUAGAAGUCGUCGUCUCCAAGCAACUGUUUUUUUACUCCUUUUGAAAAGCUGUCCGUCUCGUGUACAUUCGUUCAUUCAGCACUACGGUGGACGCUGCCAAAGACAACUACUGUAAACAGGUAAACUGAUGGAGAAAAACUAGGUACAUAACUUGUCCAUGGCGUUAAUUGUGAACUGGUGGACUCUGGCUUUGAGCGCCUGUCUCGUGCUGACGGUUCGAGCUGAAUGCGGCAGAGAUUGCGCGAUCUGCGUUUAUCGGCUGUUCCGUCAACAGAUAGAAAGCGACACAGUGACCUGCACAUUAGAAUGUGAAGGGACUGUGGACUCUAGAAAGCUUGAAAUCUGCAAAGACAUUCUGACCGAAGAGGAGCGCCUUGCCAUUGACAACCUCAAGCAAACAGAAGACAGAGCAGACCAUCUACUCGCCAAGAAAUAUGGUGGCUUCAUGAAGCGUUAUGGGGGCUUCAUGAUUAAGAAGGCAGCACAGAUUGGAGCCCCAAUUGAGAGUGACGGUACAGAGACCAUUAGUAAGAAAUUAGGAGGCUUUAUGAAGAAGGACAAGACAGAGGGCGGAGCUGAAGAACAACAGGUGGAACUGCUGAGAGAGAUCCUUAGAGUUGGCCUUGGCUCAGAGUCAGAUGACCAACAUGACGGGGACAUCGUCAAACGCUAUGGGGGCUUUAUGAGGAGCGUACAAGGGAACAUUGGUCUAGAGGAGGCGGGAAGAGACCUGCACAAGCGUUAUGGGGGCUUUAUGCGCAGAGUGGGCAGGCCUGAAUGGUUGGAUAACCAGAAAAGCAAUGGGUUUCUGAAACGCAGUUGGGAGGAUGGAAGCGAGACAACACUGCCUGACAUGCAGAAGAGAUAUGGAGGAUUCAUGGAUUAGAAUCUGAUUAAGCAGAUUAAAAAACAGACGCCCAUCCUAAACAACCUCUCCCUACGCAUUUCAUGUUAAUCCAUUUUUGCUUUGUAUUUAUUUUUGUCUUUGCUGCUGAAUAUUCCUCCAUAAUGUAUACAAUGUACAUUUGUGUUUUCAGUGACUAGGUUUUGUGAAGAAUUGUUUUUUUUUUUUUAAAGAAAAAUACACAUUCUCCCCUUCUCUGUGCUGUCAGUGCAGUUGCCCUUCACAUGUGAUAUUUGGUAAAGAUAUGGACAUCAGGCAGCUUAAGACACCCUUUUAUGCCACAGAGUGUUACACCUUCCUCAUUUAUUGAUCUAACCAUUCAUAGGUCACAUCACCAUAAAUUAAAAGUACUUUUCACAGUGUUGCUUGUUCUCUGAAGAUCUCAUCACAUUAGCAGUUCUGCUUUACUCAUUGCACAGGGAGGUUAAGUCUCCAGUCUACUGUCCGCACUUGAUGUGUUUGAUUAAUGCAUUUCUUUUAACAGCUGUUCAACAGCUUUUGUUCUUGUUUAAAUCAACACAACAUUUAAAGCUAUUAGCUGUACAGAAUACAAUAAAUUCAUCUUACUGCAGAA